ACAGAGAGAGAGAACAAGAUGGCUGUCCCAGGACCAGACUCAAGACUUUUCUCCCUCUUUUCUUUUCACGUAAACGCAACGAUUUAAAAUCUACUAACAACUUAAAAAUAUCUCUAAGGCAUCGUUUUUUUGGAAGGUGACCAUUUUGGGAGUUCAUUUAAUCAUUUAGUGUGUUUUUUGUUUGUUUGUUUUGCGACGACGUCUUGAGCGAGAGUGAUCUUUUUUAACACCUAUCGGCAGAUUCGUCAAAUUCAUCAAAGAGCCGUCAAAUUAAGUUUAUAUUUUGUCAAGUUUGUAACUGCUUUUUAAGUAUUUUUUUAAAAGAUUUUCUAACUUUUGAGGGUUUUUUUUGGUUGGUUGGAGGGGGGGGGGGGGGGGCGUAAUCCAGCUGCUUCAAAACCGACGUGACGUAUGCCUUCGUGGAUGUAAAAGUCGCCGCCAACCAUGAGCUCAUCCCGGGUGAGACCCCAGCAACACGCCGCCCGCUCGCCGCACACCUCCGAAGCGAGCGAGGGCAUCGAGAUGGAGAACAUCCGGCAGAAUCACGGGGACCAGGAGGACCUGGGAGUCUCUGCUGGAACCCCGUCCUCCCCGUCCAGACAAGCCUGGAGCCGGGACAACCCCGGUUUCGAGGCCGGGGACGAGAUCAUGGCAGCCGACUGGCCUCCGGCGAGCCCCGGGAGAAGGUCGGCGUCCACGGCCUCCAGCAACAGCGGCUGCAGCAGCAGCAGCAGCAGCAGCGGCCUGGGGAUCUUCAACGGCGCCGGGGCCAGCCCUCACCCGCGCCCGGGAGGAGUGUACCCGAGCCCGCGUGGGGACGACAGGCAGCCGGGCAGGCAUGAGCACAGCAGCUGUAUGAAACAAAUACUACAGAAAAUUAGAAUUCUUUGGGGCACGGAGCUGAUGGAGGACAGCGACAGCAGCCGGGAGAGGUACCUCUGGAACGUCCUGAGGGAGAUGCUCACUUACAUCGCCUUCCUCGUCACCGUCUGCGUCUUGACGUAUGGGAUGGUGAGCACCAACAUGUAUUACUACACCAAAGUCAUGUCGCAGCUCUUCCUGGACACGCCGCUUUCCGCUGGAGAAGCAGCCACUUUUAGGAGCCUUUCAACCGUGGAAGAUUUCUGGAAGUUCACAGAGGGCCCUUUCCUGAAGGGCAUGUACUGGGAGGUGUGGUACAACAACAAGAGCCUGCCGGAGAACCAGAGCCUCAUCUUCUACGAGAACCUCCUCCUCGGUGUGCCGCGUCUACGCCAGGUCAAAGUUCGUAACGAGUCCUGCAGCGUGCACGAAGACCUGAGAGACCAAGUUCAGGACUGCUACAACGUCUACACGCCCACCAACGAGGACACCGCCCCCUUCGGGCCCAAGAACGGAACAGCGUGGAGACACACGGCGGAGAACGGCAUGAACGGGAGCAGCUACCGAGGCCAGGUGUCUAAAUACGGAGGUGGAGGGUACUACCAAGACCUGUCCCGUACCAAAGAGGAGUCGGCGGUCCAACUGCGGUUCCUCAAGGACCACCUGUGGCUGGACAGGGGCACCAGGGCGGUCUUCCUUGACUUUGCCGUCUACAACGGAAACAUCAACCUUUUCUGCAUCGCCAGGUUGCUGGUGGAGUUCCCUGCGACCGGCGGGGUUGUGACCUCCUGGCAGUUCCAAAGCGUGCGACUGAUCCGAUAUGUGAGCAGCUGGGACUACUUUGUGGCUCUCUGCGAGGUCACCUUCUGCCUGUUCGUUCUCUACUACGUGGUGGAGGAGGCGCUGGAGAUCCGCAUCCACCGCCUGCAUUACUUUCGCAGCUUGUGGAACUGUCUGGAUGUCGCCAUGGUGACGCUGAGUGUCGUGGCGAUCAUCAUGAACAUCACCAGAACAGCCAUGGUCGGGCAUCUUCUGAAGAGCCUGCUGGAGAACUACACCACUCACCCCGCCUUCGAGCCGCUGGCCGACCUGCAGGUGCACUUCAACAACGUGGUGGCCGUCCUCGUCUUUUUUUCCUGGCUGAAGCUCUUCAAGUUCAUCAACUUUAACAAGACCAUGAGUCAGCUGACUGGCACCAUGUCUCGCUGUGCCAAGGACCUGGUGGGCUUCGCCAUCAUGUUCUUCAUCAUCUUCCUGGCCUACGCCCAGCUGGCCUACUUGCUCUUUGGAACCCAGGUGGACGACUUCUGCACCUUCCAAGCCAGCAUUUUCACGCAGUUCCGCAUCAUUCUGGGAGACUUUGAGUUCUCCGAGAUCGAAGAGGCCAACCCCGUACUCGGACCGAUCUACUUCACAACGUUUGUCUUCUUCAUCUUCUUCAUCCUGAUGAACAUGUUCCUGGCCAUCAUCAACGACACCUACUCGGAGGUGAAGGCGGACAUGUCUCAGCAGAGGUCCGACAUGGAGAUGACCGACCUCAUCAAGAAGGGUUGUAACAAAGCCCUGAUGAAGCUGAGGCUGAAGAAGACGGCGGUGGACGACAUCUCGGACACUUUACGUCAGGCCGGAGGGAAACUCAACCUGGAUGAACUACGACAGCACCUGAAAGCGAAAGGCCACACGGACGCUGAGAUCCAGGCCAUAUUUGCCAAGUACGACCACGACGGCGACCAGGAGCUGACGGAACACGACCAUCAACAAAUGCGAGACGACCUCGAGAAGGAGCGAGAGGACUUGGACCUGGAGCGCAAUUCUCUGACCAGACCCUGCAGUGGGCGGAGCUUCCCGCGCACCCAGGAAGACUCGGAGGAGGACGACGACGAGGACAGCGGGCACAGCUCGCGUCGCCGGGGAAGCAGCUCGGGCGGCGUGUCCUACGAGGAAUUCCAAGUGCUGGUGAGACGCGUGGACAGGAUGGAGCACUCCAUCGGCAGCAUCGUGUCCAAGAUCGACGCCGUCAUCGUCAAGCUGGAGACCAUGGAGAGGGUGACGCACAAGCGGAGGGACGUGUUGGGGAGGCUGUUCGAGGGAGCGCUGGAGGACGAGCGUCAAGGACGGGACACGGACCCCCACGGCGAGCAGGAGAGGCUGGUGAGAGAGGAGCUGGAGCGCUGGGAGUCGGACGAUGUGGCCUCGCAGCUCGGCCACCCGCCUCCCGCCACGCCGGUCGGCCCGCGGCCACGCCCCUCCUCCUCUCUGUCCGCCGGCGACGCCCUGGACACGUGCGGUAACGGGAUGGGACACGUAUAACAAUUCUUUAAAAAAAGUGUGCAACUUACAGUUCUUCCAACCGAGUGAAGAUGUUGCCCAGAGUGGUCCAAGACUAAAAAAAAAAAAGACACUUAAAAAGAAACAUUCCACUCAACAAAUAAGACCAAUUAAAUUGUACAUUUAAUUACAUUUCAUGACAAUGAGAAUACUCACCUCCAAUGCACUGAAUGUACCCACCAUUUUUUGUCUCUUUUAUUAUCCCUCACGUCACAUAGGACACAAAAAAAAUAUAUAUAUAUGAUGUAUAUAUAUAUAUAUAUAUAUAUACACUGUAUAUACUUGAUUAAAUCUUAAAAGGCCUACUGAAAGCCACUACUAGCGACCACACAGUCUGAUAGUUUAUAUAUCAAUGAUGAAAUAUUAACAUUGCAACACAUGCCAAUACGGCCGCUUUAGUUUACUAAAUUGCAAUUUUAAAUUUUGCGCGAAUUCUCCUGCUGAAAACGUUGCGGUAUGAUGACACGUGCGCGUGACGUCACGGAUUGUAGCGGACAUUUUGUUCCAGCACCGAUCCCAGCUAUAAGUCGUCUGCUUUAAUCGCAUAAUUACACAGUAUUCUGGACAUCUGUGUUGCUGAAUCUUUUGUAAUUUGUUCAAUUAAUAAUGGAGACGUCAAAGAAGAAAGAUGUAGGUGGGAAGCGGUGUAUUGGGGCGGCAUGGCGUAGUGGGUAGAGCGGCCGUGCCAGAAACCUGAGGGUUGCGGGUUCGCUUCCCACCUAUUGACAUCCAAAUGGCUGCCGUUGUGUCCUUGGGCAGGACAAUUCAGCCUUUGCCCCCGGUGCCGCUCACACUGGUGAAUGAAUGAUGAAUGAAUGAUAGGUGGUGGUCGGAGGGGCCGUAGGCGCAAACUGGCAGCCACGCUUCCGUCAGUCUACCCCAGGGCAGCUGUGGCUACAGAUAUAGCUUACCACCACUAGGUGUGAAUGAAUGAUGGGUUCCCACUUCUCUGUGAGCGCUUUGAGUAUCUAACAAUAGAAAAGCGCGACAUAAAUUUAAUCCAUUAUUAUUAUUAUUAUUGCGGCCGCCUUUAGCAACACAAACACAGCCGGUGUUUCCUUGUUUACAUUCCCGAAAGAUGACGGUGAAGCUUUACUAUGGAACAGAGCGGUCAAGCGAACAUGGUUCAUUACCACAUGUCAACCGGCAGGUUUCGGUGAGAAAAUUGUGGUAAUAAGUCGGCUCUUACCGUGGACAUGAGCGGAGAGCUUGCGUCAUUCCUCGUGCACCUGUCAAAGAGGCAGCUGCGGACUCGCUUGCCUCCUCCCACCGGCCGUCCCCGACCGUUGGAUGCUUCCACCGUGGAGGAGGGGGAAAAAAAAUAAAUCUCAGCCCGGCCCCAACAGCUGCCUUCGCCUAGUCGAGAAAAGUGGCUUCCCUCGGAGACACUAGCGGUCACCACACCCGUGGCCACACCCCUCCGACUCUCAGGUUGUACAGGUACGACCAUAUAAUCUCACUAAAACACUAGUAACACAAUAAGCAGAUAUGGGAUUUUCCAGAAUUAUCCUAGUAAAUGUGUCUAAUUACGUCUGAAUCGCUCUGCCGUCUAGUUUUCUUUUUCCUAGUCCCUCACUCUCCCUUUCCUCAUCCACAAAUCUUUCAUCCUCGCUCAAAUUAAUGGGGAAAUUGUCGCUUUCUCGGUCCGAAUCGCUCUAGCUGCUGGUGGCCAUGAUUGUAAACAAUGUGAGGAUGUGAGGAGCUCCACAACCCAUGACAUCACGCGCACAUCGUCUGUUACUUCCGGUACAGGCAAGGCUUUUUUAUUAGCGACCAAAAGUUGCGAACUUUAUCGUGGAUGUUCUCUACUAAAUCCUUUCAGCAAAAAUAUGGCAAUAUGGCGAAAUGAUCAAGUAUGACACAUAGAAUGGACCUGCUAUCCCCGUUUAAAUAAGAACAUCUCAUUUCAGUAGGCCUUUAAAGUGAAGAAAAUGAAGGAAGUGUGGUGUAGGUUUCGAGGAACAAAGAAGGGUUCGAAAUAAUUACAGGCUUCGAAUAUUACGAGUGUUAGAGCCACACUGAAAUAUAUACUACAACUAUAUAUAUAUAGUAAAAAAUUGACAAGAAAAUUAAUCUCACAGCUAUUAAAUCCAAGUGUGAAUAAUGUCAAAUACCAUGAAUUGAUUAACGACUUAAACAAGUUGAAAAACUUAUUGGGGUGUUACCAUUUAGUGGUCAAUUGUAGGGAAUAUGUACUGUACUGUGCAAUCUACUAAUACAACUUUCAAUCAAUCAAAGGAAUAAUAAAGUCGAAUAAAAAUCCUUAAUGUUAUGGGAAAAAAAAAUGCUGUAUUGCAAGAAAAAGUCAUAAUGUUAUGUGAAGAACUCUCAAUACGAAGGGAAAAUGUGUGUUAUGAACAAAAUUGCAUGAAAAUCUUGUCAUUUUAAAUGAAAAAUCGCAUUACAAGAAACAGUUGUGACUACAGAUGUCCGAUAAUGGUACUUUUAUUGUCUAACUCUUAAUGACCGAUUCUGAUAUCAACCGAUACCAAUAUAUACAGUCGUGGAAUGAACACAUUAUUAUGCCUAAUUUUGUUGUGAUCCCCCGCUGGAUGCAUUAAACAAUGUAACAAGGUUUUCCAAAAUAAAUCAAUUCAAGUUAUGGAAAAAAAUGCCAACAUGGCACUGCCAUAUUUAUUAUUGAAGUCACAAAGUUCUUUUUUUUUUUUUAACAUGCCUCAAAACAGCAGCUUGGAAUUUGGGACAUGCUCUCCCUGAAAGAGCAUGAGGAGGUUGAGGUGGGCAGGGUUUGGGGGGGUGUAUAAUGUAGCGUCCCGGAAGAGUUAGUGCUGCCAGGGGUAGUGGGUAUUUGUUUUGUUGUGUUUAUGUUGUGUUACGGUGCGGAUGUUCUCCCGAAAUGUGUUUGUCAUUUUUGUUUGGUGUGGGUUCACAGUGUGGCGCAUAUUUGUAACAGUGCUAAAGUUUUUUAUACGGCCACCCUCAGUGUGACAUGUAUGGCUGUUGACCAAGUAUGCUUUGCAUUCACUUUGUGUGAAAAGAUGUAGAUAUUAUGUGAUUGGGCCGGCGUGUAAAGGUAGUGUCUUUAAGGCACGCCUCCAAUAUUGUUGUCUGGGUGGAAAUCGGGAAUAAUUCGGGUACAUGGUUGCCCCGGGAGGGGGACUGAAAUUCGGGAGUCUCCCGGGAAUGUCGGGAAGGUUGAAACCGAUACCGAUAAUUUUCGAUAUACAUUUUAAAGCAUUUAUCUGCCGAUAAUAUCGUCAGUCCGAUAUUAUCGGACAUCUCUAGUUGUAAUGUCAUGUAAAAAAAAAAAAAAAAAUGCAAUAUUACACAAAAAAGUCGGAAUGCCAUGUGAAAAAAAAUCUAAAUAAUAUAAGAAAAAGUUAUGUUCCGUGAAGAUGAUGGCAGAAUGACAAAGAAAUUGUUGUAAUGUUACGUGAAGAAAACCGCGGUAUUGUAUGAAAAACCUGUGGUUAAAAGAAAAAAGUUGGGUUGUGUAAAGAAUUGCAAAUUACACAAAAUAAUGGUAAUGUUACGUGAAAUUCACAGCGUGCUACACGAGAAAGGCAUGAUCUUAAGUAAAAAAUAGCAGUAUUACGAAAAAAAGUCAAUGUAAUGUGAAAAAAUGUCAACUCGACGUGAAAAACGUGUAUUACGUGGAAAAAUCGCAGUGUUACAAGAAAAAGUUGCGUUAUGUAAAAAAUUGAAAAUCACACAAAAAAAAUAAUCUCAAUGUGUUAAAUACACAAUGUAAUACACCGGAAAGGAUGCCCUGACGUAGGAUCUGAGCCGAGGAUGUCGUUGUGGCUUGUGCAGCCCUUUGAGACAUUUGUGAUUAAGGGCUAUAUAAAUUAAGUUUGAUUGAUUGAUUGAUCUUAUGUGAAAAAUAGCAGUAUUACGAGAAAAAGUCAAUGCAAUGUGAAAACAUUUCAGUUCUACGUGAAAAAUGUGUAAUAUUACGUGGAAAAUCGCAGCGUUACAUGAAAAUCUUGUAAUGUUAAAUGCUAUGUCGCAGUAUUUACAGAAAAAAUCAUAAGGUUAUGUGAAAAAAUGGCAACAUUACAAGAAAGUCUAAAUGUUAUUUGAAACUAAUUGCAAUGUUACACAAAAAAGUCGUAAUAUUAUGUAAAUUAAAGAAAUAGCAAUUGUAUAGGAAAAAGUAAUGUGUGAAAAAUUGCAAUAUUGCAAAACAAAUCUUGUGUGGAGAAAUUCCAUUUGUACAUAAAAAAUGUGAAAAACUGCAGUAUAACAUGAAAAUCUUGUAUUAUAUGAAACAUUGCAGUAUUACUAGAAAAACUUGUGUGAUAAAAAAACAAGAAAGAAAGUCUGACUGAAAAUAGUUGCAAUAUUACACAAAAAAAUCGUAAUGUUAUGUGAGAACAAAUUGCAUUACAUGAAAAAGUUAUAUUAUGUGAAAAAUAGCAGUAUUACAAGAAAGACCAUUUAAUGUGAAAGAAAAUGCAAUGAAAAAUGUUAUUUAAAAAAAUAGCAGUAAUACAAGAAAGUCUUAAUGUUAUUUGAAACUAAUUGCAAUGUUACGCAAAAACGUUGUAAGGUUAUUUGAAAAGAAAUCGCAAUAUUACAAAAAAAAAAUCACAAUAUUGUGUGAAAAAUUGCAAUAUUACUAGAAAAAAAUAUUUCAGGAGAAAUUCCAAUUGUACAUGAAAAAUUGUGUACUGUUACGUGAAAAACUGCAGUAUUACAUGAAAAUCUUGUAAUAUUAUAUGACAAAUUACUAGAAAAAGUAUGUGAUUUAAAUUAAAAAUGGCAGCAUUACGAGAAAGUCUGACUGGUAUUUGGAAAUAGUUGCAAUAUUACACAACAAAGUCUUAAUGUUAUGUGAGAACAAAUCACAAUAUUACAUGAAAAAGUCACAAUAUGUGAAAAAUUGCAGUUUUACAAGAAAGUCUUAAUGUUAUUUGAAACUAAUUGCAAUGUUUCACAAAAAAAGUUGCAAGGUUAUUUGAAAAGAAAUCGCAAUAUUACACAAAAAAAUUCACAAUACUGUGUGAAAAAUUGCAAUAUUAUAAUCUUGUAAUAUUAUUGGACUAAUUACUAGAAAAACCUUUGUGAUUUAAAUUUAAAAAACAGGCAGCAUUACAAGAAAGUCUGACUGGUAUUUAAAAAUAGUUGCAAUAUUACACAAAAAAGUCGUAAUGUUAUGUGAGAACAAAUCACAAUAUUACAUGAAAAAGUCAUAUGUGAAAAAUGGCAGCAUUAAAAGAAAGUCUUAAUGUUAUUUGAAACUAAUUGCAAUGUUACACAAAAACGUCGUAAGGUUAUUUGAAAAGAAAUCGCAAUAUUACACAAAAAAAUUCUCAAUAUUGUGUGAAAAAUUGCAAUAUUACAAGAAAAAAAAUCAUACGAGGAGAAAUUCCAAUUGUACAGCAAAAAUUGUGUACUGUUACGUGAAAAACUGAAGUUUUAAACAAAAAUCUUGUAAUAUUAUAUGACAAAUUACUAGAAAAAGUAUGUGAUUUAAAUUAAAAAUGGCAGCAUUACGAGAAAGUCUGACUGGUAUUUGGAAAUAGUUGCAAUAUUACACAAAAAAGUCGUAAUGUUAUGUGAGAACAAAUCACAAUAUUACAUGAAAAAGUCACAAUAUGUGAAAAAUUGCAGUUUUACAAGAAAGUCUUAAUGUUAUUUGAAACUAAUUGCAAUGUUUCACAAAUAAAGUUGCAAGGUUAUUUGAAAAGAAAUCGCAAUAUUACACAAAAAAAUUCACAAUACUAUAAUAUUAUAAUCUUGUAAUAUUAUUAGACUAAUUACGAGAAAAACCUUUGUGAUGUAAAUGUAAAAAAUAGCAGCAUUACAAGAAAGUCUGACUGGUAUUUAAAAAUAGUUGCAAUAUUACACAAAAAGUCGUAAUGUUAUGUGAGAACAAAUCACAAUAUUACAUGAAAAAGUCAUAUGUGAAAAAUGGCAGUAAUACAAGAAAGUCUUAAUGUUAUUUGAAACUAAUUGCAAUGUUACACAAAAACGUCGUAAGGUUAUUUGAAAAGAAAUCGCAAUAUUACACAAAAAAAUUCUCAAUAUUGUGGGAAAAAUUGCAAUAUUACAAGAAAAAAAAUCAUACGAGGAGAAAUUCCAAUUGUACAUGAAAAAUUGUGUACUGUUAUGUGAAAAACUGAAGUUUUAAACAAAAAUCUUGUAAUAUCAUAUGACAAAUUACUAGAAAAAGUAUGUGAUUUAAAUUAAAAAUGGCAGCAUUACGAGAAAGUCUGACUGGUAUUUGGAAAUAGUUGCAAUAUUACACAAAAAAGUAUUAAUAUUAUGUGAGAACAAAUCACAAUAUUACAUGAAAAAGUCACAAUAUGUGAAAAAUUGCAGUUUUACAAGAAAGUCUUAAUGUUAUUUGAAACUAAUUGCAAUGUUUCACAAAAAAAGUUGCAAGGUUAUUUGAAAAGAAAUCGCAAUAUUACACAAAAAAAUUCACAAUACUGUGUGAAAAAUUGCAAUAUUAUAAUCUUGUAAUAUUAUUGGACUAAUUACUAGAAAAACCUUUGUGAUUUAAAUUUAAAAAACAGGCAGCAUUACAAGAAAGUCUGACUGGUAUUUAAAAAUAGUUGCAAUAUUACACAAAAAGUCGUAAUGUUAUGUGAGAACAAAUCACAAUAUUACAUGAAAAAGUCAUAUGUGAAAAAUGGCAGUUUUACAAGAAAGUCUUAAUGUUAUUUGAAACUAAUUGCAACGUUACACAAAAACGUCGUAAGGUUAUUUGAAAAGAAAUCGCAAUAUCACACAAAAAAAUUCUCAAUAUUGUGUGAAAAAUUGCAAUAUUACAAGAAAAAAAAUCAUACGAGGAGAAAUUCCAAUUGUACAUGAAAAAUUGUGUACUGUUACGUGAAAAACUGAAGUUUUAAACAAAAAUCUUGCAAUAUUAUAUGACAAAUUACUAGAAAAAGUAUGUGAUUUAAAUUAAAAAAUGGCAACAUUACAAGAAAGUCUGACUGGUAUUUGGAAAUAGUUGCAAUAUUACACAAAAAAGUCUUAAUGUUAUGUGAGAACAAAUCACAAUAUUACAUGAAAAAGUCACAAUAUGUGAAAAAUAGCAGUAUUACAAGUAAAAGUCAAUUUAAUUUGAAAAAAAAAAAUGCAAUUCUGUAUGGAAAAUGUUUGAUAUGUGAAAAAUGGCGGCAUUACAAGAAAGUCUUAAUGUUAUUUGAAAGUCAUUGCAAAGUUACACGAAAAAGUUGUAAGGUUAUGUGAAAAGAAAUCACAAUAUUACACCAAAAAAAAUUCACAAUAUUGUGUGGUAAAAUUGUGAUAUUACUAGAAAAACUUAUGUGAUUUAAAAAUAAAAUGACAGCAUAAUGAGAAAGUCUGACUGGUAUUUGGAAAUAGUUGCAAUAUUACACAAAAAAAGUCGUAAUGUUAUCCAUCCAUCCAUCCAUUUCCUACCGCUUAUUCCCUUUUUGGGGUUGCGGGGGGCGCUGGCGCCUAUCUCAGCUACAAUCGGGCGGAAGGCUGGGUACACCCUGGACAAGUCGCCACAACAUUCACACUCACAUUCACACACUAGGGCCAAUUUAGUGUUGCCAAUCAACCUAUCCCCAGGUGCAUGUCUUUGGAAGUGGGAGGAAGCCGGAGUACCCGGAGGGAACCCACGCAUUCACGGGGAGAACAUGCAAACUCCACACAGAAAGAUCCCGGGCCUGGAUUUGAACCCAGGACUGCAGGACCUUCGUAUUGUGAGGCAGACGCACUAACCCCUCUGCCACCGUGAAGCCCAAGUAAUGUUAUGUGAGAACAAAUCGCAAUAUUACAUGAAAAAGUCACAAUUUUUUGAAAAAUAGCAGUUUUACAAGAAAGUGUUAAUGUUAUUUGAAAUAAUUGCAAUAUUACACAAAAAAAAUUCUAAGGUUAUGUGAAAAUAAAUUGCAAUAUUAUGCAAAAAAAAUCCACAAUAUUGUGUGAAAAAUUGCAAUAUUACAAGAAAAAAUAAUUUGAAGAGAAAUUCCAAUUUUUCAUCAAAAAUUGUGUACUAUUGUGUAAAUAGUACACAAUUUUUGUGUACUAUUUUACAGAAUAGUACACAAUUUUUGAUGUAAAAUUAUUUUGUAUUGUUUUUUAAAAAAAAAUAAACAAUACAAAAACUGCAGUUUUACACAAAAAUCUUGUAAUAUAUGACAAAUUACUAGAAAGACUUAUGUGAUUUAAAUUUAAAAAAUGGCAACAGUACAAGAAAGUCUGACUGGUAUUUGAAAAUAGUUGCAAUAGGAGCUGAGCCGGAAGGCAAAGCUCUCAAUUUACCGGUCGAUCUACGUUCCCAUCCUCACCUAUGGUCAUGAGCUUUGAGUCAUGACCGAAAGGACAAGAUCACGGGUACAAGCGGCCGAAAUGAGUUUCCUCCGCCGUGUGGCGGGGCUCUCCCUUAGAGAUAGGGUGAGAAGCUCUGCCAUCCGGGAGGAACUCAUAGUAAAGCUGCUGCUCCUCCACAUGGAGAGGAGCCAGAUGAGGUGGUUCAGGCAUCUGGUCAGGAUGCCACCCGAACGCCUCCCUAGGGAGGUGUUUUGGGCACGUCCAACCGGUAGGAGGCCACGGGGAAGACCCAGGACACGUUGGGAAGACUAUGUCUCCCGGCUGGCCUGGGAACGCCUCGGGAUCCCCCGGGAAGAGCUAGACGAAGUGGCUGGGGAGAGGGAAGUCUGGGUUUCCCUGCUUAGGCUGCUGCCCCCGCGACCCGACCUCGGAUAAGCGGAAGCUGAUGGAUGGAUGGAUGGAUGCAAUAUUACACAAAAAAGUCGUAAUGUUAUGUUAUGUGAGAAGAAAUCACAUUACAUGAAAAAGUCACAAUAUGUGAAAAAUUCAAUUUAUGUGAAACAGGAAAAUUGAAAAAUGCCAAAUUAAUGUGGUUGUGGCUUGUGCAGCCCUUUGAGACACUUGUGAUUGAGGGCUAUAUAAAGUGUGGUGUAAAAGUAUUUGGUGUGAAGUGAAGUGAAUUAUAUUUAUAUAGCGCUUUUCUCUAGUGACUCAAAGCACUUUACAUAGUGAAACCCAAUAUCUAAGUUACAUUUAAACCAGUGUGGGUGGCACUGGGAGCAGGUGGGUAAAGUGUCUUGCCCAAGGACACAACGGCAGUGACUAGGAUGGCGGAAGCGGGAAUCGAACCUGCAACCCUUUAAGUUGCUGGCGCGGCCACUCUACCAACCGAGCUAUGCCGGUUGUGGUUCUCUCACUCCUUUGGUAGCCAACAUGGGCUGUGAGAAUCCCAAAAACCCGCUUUGCUGAGUGCAGAAAGGCGGCGGCACAUGUUUUUGCAAGAGAUGACACGCUGGCCGUCACAUGUGCCGACACUUCAUUUUACUCAGCUUUGUUACACAGUAGUAACAAGUACAAGUGGUAACAAGUACAAGAGGUAACAAGUACAAGUAGUAACAAGUACAAGUGGUAACAAGUACAAGUGGUAACAAGUACAAGUGGUAACAAGUACAAGUGGUAACAAGUACAAGUAGUAACAAGUACAAGUAGUAACAAGUACAAGUAGUAACAAGUACAAGUGGUAACAAGUACAAGUAGUAACAAGUACAAGUAGUAACAAGUACAAGUAGUAACAAGUACAAGUAGUAACAAGUACAAGUAGUAACAAGUACAAGUAGUAACAAGUACAAGUAGUAACAAGUACAAGAAGUAACAAGUACAAGUAGUAACAAGUACAAGUGGUAACAAGUACAAGUAGUAACAAGUACAAGUAGUAACAAGUACAAGAGGUAACAAGUACAAGUGGUAACAAGUACAAGUGGUAACAAGUACAAGUAGUAACAAGUACAAGUAGUAACAAGUACAAGAGGUAACAAGUACAAGUGGUAACAAGUACAAGUGGUAACAAGUACAAGUAGUAACAAGUACAAGUAGUAACAAGUACAAGUAGUAACAAGUACAAGUAGUAACAAGUACAAGUAGUAACAAGUACAAGAGGUAACAAGUACAAGUAGUAACAAGUACAAGUAGUAACAAGUACAAGUGGUAACAAGUACAAGUAGUAACAAGUACAAGUAGUAACAAGUACAAGUAGUAACAAGUACAAGUAGUAACAAGUACAAGUAGUAACAAGUACAAGAGGUAACAAGUACAAGUAGUAACAAGUACAAGUGGUAACAAGUACAAGUGGUAACAAGUACAAGUAGUAACAAGUGCAGUUAAGCUUGAAAUUAAAUGGCGCGUCAUCGCUUUAUGAGACAAAUUGUAACUUGAAACAAACUUCAACUCGGAGUGCAGCUAGCGUGCAUUUCUUAUUUCCUCCUGUGCCUUCAUGUUUUAUUACCUCUGCCCUUUUUUUUAAUCUGUUUACCAAAUAAAAGGGUUAUCAAAAA